AUGACAAGCCACCUGUUACCUCUCCUGCUCUCUCUAAUUGCUGUUACCCUACCCCCGAGUUAUGACUGCAUGGACAUCAUCAGAGGACGCAUUGUGCAUCCUCAUUCCUGGCCUUUUAUGGCUUCUAUCCAGAUGCAGAGAUCAACUGUGUGUGGAGGAGCUCUUGUGGGAAAGGAAUGGGUUUUGACAGCAGCACAUUGUUUACAAUUAAACUCAUCAGAAGUUAGAGUUGUUCUUGGAGCCCAUCAAGCAUCCAUAGCUGAAAAAGAACAGCAGAUGUUUAAGGUUAUGCACUACUUUCCUAAUCCGUUUCACAAGUCUUCCAAGGAAAAUGAUAUAAUGCUCCUCAAACUAAAUGGUGUUGCAAAGCUGAAUAAAUAUGUGCAACUUUUGCCACUGCCUGAGUCUUUUGAAGAUAUCAAACCUGGCACAAAGUGCCAGGUGGCUGGCUGGGGACUCACAUCUGAAAAAAAGCCAUCAAAAUAUCUUCAGGAAGCAACUCUUGAAAUUGUUAGUAUAAAAAGCUGUGAGAGACAAUAUGAAAAGUACACAAGAAUAACCAGCAACAUGUUGUGUGCUGCAGGGAAGGGCGAUGCUUGCCAGGGAGAUUCAGGUGGGCCGUUAUUCUGUGUUGGUCAAUACAGUGGGAUUGUUUCUUUUGGAAAAAGAUGUGGAAGAAGAGGCAUACCUGAAGUUUAUACAAGACUGACUGAAAAAUAUAUUGACUGGAUAAAAGAAAAAAUUGCCUUUCACGAAGAUCCAUGA